UCUGCGAUAAUAAUUCUAAAUAAUUUUGUUUCGUAUUUGAUGCUAUUUUUCUCUUUUCUGUUUUAAUUAUAUUAUCUAUUUUGAAAGUAGUAUAUAAAUAAUCUAACAAUUAUAAAUUUGUUUAAUAUCCUUCACCAAUCAUGUAUCAUUAAAAUAUAUAUCACGGUAUUUUGAUGAAGAGUACACUCCAUGUUGUUGAUACAUUGUGUGAUAAAAUAGAAACAAUAUGAUCAGACAUUAUUAAUUAUUGAAAUGACGGAAAAGGGAUACGAGGGUGAUCAGUCGUCAUCUUCGUGGGAUAUUCCCGGACCAUCGUCUUUAGCAGCAAUAUUAGAUACUGCCUUCACAUCUUCAGCUUCAGAGAAUACAUCCAGAAACGAAGAAAUGGAGUGUGAUGCUUUGUUUGCUGAGAGUGAUGAUGAGGUAGAGGUGCUUCCUGCAUCUUCUGAGGCUGCACACACAAGCAAUAAUGAGACAGCACCUAAACCAGUAUCUUCAAAUUAUGUGAAUUCAACAACUCCAACACAGCCAUAUGAAGUUAAUUUGGCUCCCCUAUCUCAUCCUAUCUCAUCACAUACUCCUGUCCCAGAAGAAUAUCAGCCUCUACCAGAUAGUUCUAGUUCACUUGGUUAUGUGCUCACAGAAAAUAAUCCUGAAAACACUGAUAGUCAGAGAUUUUCAGAUGUAAAUAUUCGUUAUCAACCAAAACCUGUAGCAGUAAAUCAGAGAGGUUAUUACUAUCCAAAUUAUAAUCACUAUACUGCUGGUGUCAGACCAGCUCAAGAGUACAUAUUUACACCAUAUCACUCCAAUAAUGUUAUAGUGCUUAAUGAUGAAUCAAACUAUCUACAACAUCCAAUGCCAUAUACAUUGCCUACUAAUCAAACACAAGUUGAAGAAAAUCAUCUAUUAUACCCAGGUUAUGAAAGAUUAAGACCAAAUAUGUAUAGUCAGGAACCUCCAACAUCCGACAGCAAUAGGAAUGAUGGUCAGAGUUUAAACAGCUUGGAGAGGCCAAGUCGUAAGUUGAAUAUAUCUCCAAGAAGAAGACAGUCUAAAGAAAAUGAACCUAUUAAUACAAAUUUGAUAGAAGUCAGUUCAGAAGAAGAAGAUAAUGUAUCUGCUCCAAGAAAAAAGCAAUGUGAUAAAGGAGCUGGUCAAUAUUCAUCAACUUCUGCAUCAGAAGGUGCAGUGGGUACAAGUAGUAGUUAUAAUUCUAACACUUCUCCUAGAAUUGUCAUAAAAAGAGAACCACACAGCCAAGUUGAAGUGUCAGCACAUGGCAGUAGUGAUAUCAAUACCAACAAUUGCCAGCAGAGUGAACACAAUUGUGAGUGUCAGAGGCAUUGUAAAAGUCAACACUGUGUUCAUAUUCAGACACAACCCAGUUGUGUUCAAAAUAAUCCAGUAUUGCACAUAAAACAAGAAAACUCAGGUUGUGUUUCACAUGGCUCUAGUUGCACCUGCAGAGUUAAUCAUAAUAUAUCUAAUACUUGUAAUUAUGUACAUGUAAUGCAAAAUGAUAUUAAUAGAGAUAACCCCAACCCUAGUCGUUUAAAUAAUUUAGAAGCAACCAAUCAUCAGUAUCAUAGAACAUUUAUGCCUUGUUCACAUAGUGUUGAAAAUUCCUCCUUAACAAUGACAACACGAAAUUCUGCCAUGUCACAAGUUAAACAAGAGCCUGGAACAGGAAACAUAAAGAGAGAGAUUGAAGCUCCAGAAGCACAUACCUCAAAAGAAAUUCCUAUACCGCCACCCCUAAGUACUGUUAAAAUUGAGAGUACAAAUGCACCGAGAAUUAAAGUGGAGCCAAAUAUAGAAAACUCGCAAAGAGAUCUCAGUCAAAUUACAACUGUUAAAGUAGAAGCACAAACAAACGAAAAUAUGAGAAUGUGUUGUGAUGUCGAUGCUACUGGUGAUAGAAGUUCUCCACAACCAGGCACAAGUUCAGGACGAGGACUUCAUAGCAGUGAAAACAGCAUACCUAAUAAUCAGGAGGAACGAACAAAUGCAAAUGCUGGUAAUGGACUUUUAUCUGCACCUGAUCUGCAAUUGGAUUGGGUUUCAGAUUCAGGUUCAGAGGAUGAUGUGCAACUAUUAGAAGAGGAAAAUAAUCCACGUGCUGUGAUAGAUCUAACAAGCUCGCCAGGACGGGCGCCGACCCCAGUUGCGACUACGGGGGCGGCGGAGGUGGGAGGGGCGAGUACGGCGGCUGUGGGAGCAGGAGCCGCGGCGGAGGGAGCGACGGGGUCGCCCACAACUGCGGCUCCAGAGGGCGGACCCGGAGUUCCAUACGAAACACCUCGUGUCUUUCCUCCAGUAUACCAACACAAUUCGCAGCCUUCGCAUCGCCAACUAAUGCCGCGGAGAAUCGUGGGGAUCGGAAGUUGCUUGUCAUCGUGUCGGUGCUGCUGUGCGCACCCGCCGCCAGCGCACCACGCGGCGCACGGGCACCACCACGCGCACCACGGCCAUCACCCUCACCACGGACACCACCCGCACCACGCUCACCACCCGCAUCACGCGCAUCCGCCUCGCCCACCGCCCGCCCACCACACGCUGCUGCCACAUACACACCACACGCCCAUGCAUGCGCACUUGGGUGACCGUCGCAGAGAUGGAAUGUCCAUCGCUCCGCCGUACCUCGUUCACGAACGCUUGUGGCAACGGCAGCAACACAUGCUUGAAGUACAACGACGCAGUAUGAUGGGCGACAUCAGUGGCGGGUUUACACAAUUCUCUCCGGCUUACACAGUCCCGCCGGCACCUACAACCGUGCUGGCAUUUCCAGACGAAUUUGAGCCACGAGACCUGAGUUCAAAUCGCGGAACACAAAGUUUGACCACCGGCAUUGCACCAUUGUUGAUAGAUGGUCAACAAAUUCACCACCACAUGCACCACUAUAUGCAGAUGCAUCCUCCACAUCUUCACAUUUCCAUUCAACCUUCAGUAACGCAGGGGUCGAGCGCGUUGGCGGCGCACAUGGUGGCGAUGGUGCGCGCGGCGGAGGCGGCGGAGGCGGCCGACGCGGCGGAGGCUCGGCGAGCCAGCCGCGGCGCCUCGCGCGCCGUCAUCGAACGCAAUACCUACCGCCACGCCUACGCCGCGCCCGCGCCGCACCACCAGGACGAGAAGUGCACCAUCUGCUUGUCCAUCUUUGAGGUCCAUUCCGACUGCAGGAGACUACCAUGUAUGCACCUAUUCCACAUGGAAUGUGUAGAUCAGUGGCUGAGUACCAACAAGCACUGCCCUAUUUGUCGUGUUGACAUUGAAACACAUCUUAACAAGGAUGCCACUUUUUAAGUGACUAUAUGACAGUUUUUGCUCAAAAUGUGGAGAAUUAAUAAUGGCCUGCUGUUGCAGCUGUAAACUCUCUUGUUGAAGAUCAUGUGUUAACUGCUUUUGAG